AUGGCGCCCGGUGGGGCCCGAUCGCGCGUGGGAAUCAUCACCUGCUGCGACGCGCGGUGUAGUCCCGAACAUUUCUUCCGGCUGGCCGAGAACGAGGUUUUCGUCCUGAGGAACGGAGGUGGGAGGGCGCUGAGCGACGACAUUGUGAGGACGCUUGCGGUUCUGCAGGUUGCGACCGAGAUCCGGGAGUUGAAAGUGAUUCAUCAUACAGGAUGUGGCGGUCUCAAGUACACGGACGAGUGGGUUAAAGCAAUGAUAAUCAAGAACGAUCCCGCAGCCAAGAACGGCGCAUUCCUCGAAGGCGCAAAACCGUGGGUCGAGUCGAUGGUUUACUUGCCAUUCACCCCAGCAAAGGAGGGAGCGACAGCGAAAGAGAUAUUAGAGAGCAGUGUCGUUGAGGACGUGCUGUUUCUGAGAAAUCAUCCUUUGGUCAAGCCUUCCAUACCAAUCACAGGGUGGAUUUUUAGCCAGGAGACUGGUCUGGUCGAGGAAGUCAACUGCGGUCUUGAAGAUGGGUGCGACCCUGCUCAGCUGGAGUUGCUCAAGCAACAGCUGGCUAAGAGAGACCAGUAG